GUCAAUCCUUUGCAACACUACCAAACAAAAUAAAUAAUUUCGACAUCCCUAGCCACACUGCACUUGCACCUUUCGAUUGAAACGCAAUAAAUAUUUAAUAAGUAAUGAAUUUUAGCCAACGCCAACCAGAAUGGCACAGAAUUCCAGCAGUGGCUCUAAAUCAAAUUUUCGAUUACCUCUCGCCCGAGGAUCGUCGGUCGGCCGCGAGUGUUUGCUAUUCCUGGAGACCUGUCUUUUUUCAGAAACGUUAUUUUAGAAACUUUCGCUUUGAGCUAGACCUGGCCCAAGAUGAUCAGUUGGAAUUUUUUCAUCGCUGCAUGUCCAACCUGGCCAGGGAAGUGACUGUGGUUUUUGACUUUCACAGUGCAUUUCACAUCCAAAAGAUGCGUCCGCUCCUAUACAAAGUGGCACGCUGUGAUAACAUUCAGGGGUUGCGUCUCCAGACACACAAUGUGGGCCUAGUCGGAGUGGGAAACAUGCACACCGAGCACCUAGCGGCCAUUGAGCAGUGCUUCGUAGAGCCGCUUAAGCUCUUUCUCAACCGCAAGCGUCAUCCUUGUCAGCUUCUGGACCUAGGUGCCAUCGAAGCCCUCACCUACUAUGGCUAUGACUUGCUGAAGGCGAUGGGCAAACCACAGGAGCUGUUGCAGCUCACCCUAGCCAGCAUUAAAUACGACCCUAGUCACUACCCAAUCCUCACUAUAGACACGACGUUGCUGCAAAAGUGUGCUGCCCUACAGGUGCUAUCCCUAGACUACGAUACCAUAUGCGACGAGUUGCUCCACACGAUUCAGGUGCUGCCGCUGCGAAAGCUACUUAUCGCGGUUCACGGACUGGACACUGAGGAGGAGCAACACCCCGGCGUAUCGGAAUCGGCCUGGGCCAAUUUUGCAGCUCACUUUUCGAACAUCAAGCUGGUGUUGACACUUGUCUACGCCUACGAGGCCAUUGAAACGCUGCAGCACCGCGUCCUCCGCCGGAACAUGCCGGUGACCCACGUGCGGCUGCUCUUCUGUGAACUGAUGAACGCCGAAGCCCUCGACUGGAUGUCGGUGCAUAACCGCGAGACGCUCCGCAGCAUCCACUACGUGGACUCGUCGUACAAGCAUUCCAGUCGCAUGAACUACGGCCGCCACGGCUUCCUGCGCCAGGACCCAUUCGUAAUGAUGGCCUGGCGCUGUAAGCAGUUGGAGGAGAUCGUGGUGCACGGCUACGUGAUGGAUCCGCAUAACUUGGUGGGCAUUGCCCGGCUUAGGGGUCGCCAGCUGAAACUCCUGGAGGUUUCAUUGAUCGAAUGGGCCUCCCCAGCUUCGCUGAACGCCCUUAAUGAGGAAAUCAGCACCUUGUUGGGACAGGCGUGGUCACCCACCCCCGACAAGCUGCCCCCAUCGCUGGCCUUUGACUACGGAAUGCGCGACCAGUUCGUGUACGAAAUGCUUCGCCAAGACCUCAGCCAGUAAGUGAAAGUCGAAUUAGGAACUAACUCAAAAAUAACCAAAAACUGAAGAAAGUCAAGUCAUCGGUGAAGAGAUAUACAUAAGUGCAAACAUGACACGUGAUCCACUCGGGCGCAUGCAAACUAAUUUAAAAAAUUGAAUGUUUUAAUUCUACGUAGCUAAACAAGAACCCGUCAGAGAAAUGUAACCAAAAAACAAAAAUUCAGCCGUUAAACUAAGUUAUCAAAAUUUAUGUAAAGCAAACACUCAUUGGCAAGCGUUUCAUAGAAGCUACCUAAUUUCCUAAUUUUUUAAUCUUUGUAAUCAAAAUCAUACCAACCUUUGUUUGUUUGGCCAAGCGAGCAAAUGGUGAAAAGAAUGUUUAGGAGCAAAGCAAAAGACUUGAGCACUUGACAAAUUUAUGUAAUUAUGUGUAAAGGGGGGCGAAAUGAGUUUGUUGAAACCUGCUAGAGAAACAUCAUUUUAAGAGCAACAACAACUGUGAUUCAAACGAAAGGCGAGUGCGAAGUGUAGCCAGUGGGAGACUUGUGACAACCAACUCUCAUAAACAUAGCAAAGAAACAAAAACAAAAACAAAACCUAAAAACGACAACAACAAAAAAUUGUUAAGCGAAUUGUCUAGUUAGCUAAGUUAAAAAGUAACAAAACGAAACAAAACAAAAGAAAAAG